AACGCGGCGGCGGCGAAGUUACUUGGCCGUUACUCACCGCGCUGACCAGCCCGCCUGCCGCGGACAUGAGGGCGCAGCGCCGUCUGGCAGGACGGCACAGCCAGCCAGACAGCCUCCCGGGAGAGACGGGUCAUCCCGCGGGUGAAUAAGCGGAGAUAGGUGUAAUACACAAUGGAUUACUUACUGACUUUGGAUUGAUAUCAGUCAUAGCUGUGGGUCUGUAAAAACACGCUUUGAUUUCAUUAACUGCUUAAAAAUGAAUGGGAGGUCAUGCAGUAUGAGCCAUCGGUCAACAGGUAUUUCUCAUGGACCUGGGAUGAUCAGUGGACAGCAGAUCCCACCUAUCAGAGUUCAUGCAGGAACUCCCUGCGUAUCUUCAGAUAGCAGCAGCCCAAGCCCAGCUAUCGGAAACUUUUCUGCCAGCCUACAUUUAAAGAUGCCCCUAGGAGGAGGGGUAGCUCCUCAGAGCAACAUCAUUGACAGUACCAUUCACCUUCCCGCUCUGAGUCCCAGACGACAAGUGGUUACAAAUGGGAAGCCUUUAUUUGAAGUCCUGCAGCCGCCAGAACUGCCAGCCCCACAAUCCUUAAAGCCAAAACAGCAAGAAUUUGGAAACACGUUCUCACCGUGCACAGGUAAAGGUGGCCUUGGUUAUGGAUCCCGGUCUAAGUCCAAUGGAAAAGGCAGCUGCAACAAUCUAGUAGUCACCAGCAGUCCCAUUACAGUUCAGCGGCUGGGACCUGUUUCACCUGCUGCUAAUCAAGUUUCAACAGCAUGCAACCAGAUUAGCCCUACCCUACAGAGGUCUAUGGAUGCUUCCAGCCUGAGUGUUCCUCCGUCAGAUACAAGGUCACUCUUGUCGUGUGAGUCUCUGGCCUCUACAACAUCAAGCUUGUCAGAAAGUCAGUCCACUUUGAGCGUUAAGCAAGAGUGGUCGCAUGGGUACAGGACACUUCCUUCUCUUCCUGCUGAACAAGGUUUACAAAAUGGUAGUGAGCUGGGGGACUUACUAAAUUUUCCACUUGCAACAUCUUUGUCCAGUAGCUUCAUAUCUAAUUCAUUACCAUCCUACUUAUUUGGCAUGGAAAAUAGCCAUUCCUCUUUCCCUAGUCCUCGCCAUUCCUCUUCCCGGUCUCAAUCUACCCGCUCCAAAAAGAGAGCACUCUCUCUUUCUCCUCUGUCUGAUGGCAUAGGGAUUGACUUCAAUACAAUCAUCCGUACGUCCCCAACCUCUCUAGUGGCCUACAUCAACAGCUCCAGGACAUCACCAGCUAACAUCUCCCCACAGCCUGAGGUUUAUGGACAUUUUUUGGGAGUGCGAGGAAGCUGUAUACCCCAAAACUACUCUGUUCCAGCUGCCCAGAAAGGUCUUCUCAUGGCUAAUGGCAAUAUCACCUUCCCAGAGUACAUUGAGAAUAGCGCUGGUGAAUACCAGCGGAUGCAGCAGUUGGAGCAAGCCAGCCAGCAGACGGAAACCACAACUAACAUGGUGAUCCAGCAGGGCAUGCCUCCCAUGGACAGCCAGGCCGUAAGUGCCCUGAAAAACGAACAGCUGGAUGAAUUCUCAGGCCAUACAGUUGACAUGCCUUCUCCACCCCCUCUGCCGCCACCUCCUCCACAAGGGCCUCCGCCACCAUACCAUGCUCACCAGCACCAACAUGUGCACAGCCUCCCUGGUCACAUGCAGCCUCUGCCUGUACCUCCAUCUGCCCCAUGCCCACAGCUCGAAGAAGAUGGGGAGCUGGAUGAUUUCAAUGGCAAGCAUGGCUGUCGCUGGAUUGACUGCAAUGCACUGUAUGACCAGCAAGAGGAACUUGUGCGGCACAUAGAGAAGAUUCAUAUAGACCAGAGGAAGGGAGAAGACUUCACGUGCUUCUGGGCAGGGUGCCCACGAAGGUUCAAGCCGUUUAAUGCCAGGUAUAAACUGCUGAUUCACAUGAGAGUCCACUCAGGAGAGAAGCCAAACAAAUGCACAUUUGAGGGCUGCAAGAAGGCCUUUUCCAGACUAGAAAACCUCAAGAUUCACUUAAGGAGCCAUACAGGUGAAAAGCCGUAUCUUUGUCAGCACCCUGGCUGCCAGAAAGCAUUCAGCAACUCCAGCGACCGCGCCAAGCACCAGAGGACACACCUAGACACUAAACCUUAUGCAUGUCAAAUUCCAGGAUGUACUAAACGAUACACAGAUCCAAGCUCCCUGAGAAAACAUGUGAAAGCACAUUCUUCCAAAGACCAGCAAGUUAGGAAAAAGGCUGAAGAAUCCGCACUCUCUCAGAGUAACGGGAGAGGUGCUUCAGUCCCUUCAGCAUCUUGGUGGCCCUCCACUGGACUCUCUCCGUUGCGAUCAAGCUCAGACCUUGGCCAGGACAUCCUGAACGACUGCCUCACAAUCCAGCCCCUCCAGCCAGCCCCAUCACCACAUGAUAUUACGGAUAACACCAUGGGACACUCCCCAGGGCCUACGCAUGAUAUUUACUCAGCAUCUGUGUUCCCCAGCACGCAGACAACUCAAAAUGGAACAGUGGCUGGGGCAGUGUCUUUGUCCCAGCCCAGCAGCCACCCCUCCCCAGCAUGUAACGUACAAAGUAGUCCUCUCCAUCCUUCUUCCCAGUUACCUCUUCUCACAGCUGCGGACUCUGACAGGUUUGUUGCUCUGACUCCUCCUCCUCAACACAUCAGUCCCCAAAGAAUUUCAGUUCCUCCUCCCAUGAUGCAGACUCCACAGACUCCCCGUCUUCAGCAGCCUGGAGGAUUGCAUCUAAAGACAUACCAAUCAGCAUCAAAUCCUUCCUUUCAACCAAAUAGUCUCCACAUCCAAGAUGCUCUGAGACAGCUCGAAGAAUGCUCCUGACCAUCUUGCCAGAGCAGAGCUCAAGGUGGACCUCCUUGCUGUUACUGAAAUUCUGUGCUUGACCCACUUGUCAGCCCUGGGAUACCAACUGCCCAGGGGCAAGAAAGCAGCAUCCCAAUGUCCUCCCUGGAUGAUCCGUGGGAUGAAUAACUCAUGACAUAGAGCUUUUGUGAGGACUCCGAAGUCAGACUGUAUUCAGGCUGCAUCAGUAUUCAGAACCAUUAGUCACAAUUCUGUAUCCUAAAAAUAUAGUUAUUGAAAUAUCAAAUAAAAUAUCUACUGGAUUUCAGAAGUGCUCUGGGCUUCAGGCAACUGUCAAAAGAAGGCAGGACAGAUGCCAUGACCCCAGAACUUACGUAAUCAGAAAUGGAAGUUUAAGUGAGACUCCUCUGAUCGGGCAACCUCAAAGCAGGCAGUGGUGACAGAAAAUAUAGGUAAAAAUAGGUAAAAAAAAACAAAACAAAAAAAAAACCAUGCAUUGCCCCCAUAAAAGAACGUAAACAUUCUGAGCAAACCAGUGCAUUGUCUCGAGUCACAAGGGAUUGAAAAUAGAAAGUUAAAAUCUGGGAAAGCUGACAGUGAAGAUCAAGAUCAAGAUUAGCAAAAUGUUGAGAGAUUUUCAGAAUGAGAAGGAUGGAGAAAUCAUUCAUUUAUUGCAGGUAUAGGGCCUUGAAACCUUUUUGUAGCAGAAUAAAGGAAAUAUCUGAGGUGAAGAGCAGGCUUGAUUUGUGACCCAGAAGAUCUUCAUCCUGGAAAUAUCGGUACAGAGAGCACUGAAUAGCAAAAAACAUUCACCAUAGAUAUUUGGGUUUGAAGAAAACAUUUGAGAUCCUUUAUCAAAUUUCUGAACAUCCUGCCCCUGGGACAUCUUGAAAUGUUGUUGCAUGAUAAAAGCAAUUAACAAUGUCAAGGCUUUACAUUCAUGUACAGCCGGUACUCUUAAAGUAAACACAAUGAGCUUCUGUGUAGGGUUUCUAUCAAACUUCCAGUCUUUCACUUCUUAGUUUUACCAUUGGAUUCACUAUGAAAAAACUUGCUUAGAAUUAACACAGACAGAGUCUGGUGUAAUAACAGGACAUUGGGAAAGAUAUUUUGAGUUUCCCAAUUAACCAUUUUUUAAAAUAUAGACUCAGUCAAUAACUCCAUUAGAUUAUAACUGAAGCACUACUUAGGAGCAAAGAAGUACUAUUCCCAUAUCCUAAUAGCACAGUAUCAGUCAAAGGGGAGAUUUAGGAGGGAACAGCAUAAACUAAGGUACCAGCUACAUUGGCCAUCUUAAAUUACAACUUAAUGAAAAAAAAAAAAAAGAAAAAAAAAACUAAUUUCCAUUCUAAAUGCACUUAUUCCUUGGAAAUCAGUUCAAGCAGCAGACAGGUGCCUAAAUGCAUUUGACAGCAAAUGCCUUAGAAAAAUACUUUUAAACACAUUACGAAAACACAAGAUAUGUCAGGAUUUAACAACACCUAAUAUUCAAAAUUACCUGGAAAGGAAAGUAAAGACAGUGCAUACGAAAAUAUGUUGUUGCCAUGUGAUAACAGUCAGCUGAAGGGAUUGCAAUACCAUAUGGUACUUAAUGAGGGGAAAUAGAUGGCACUUCAAGUAAAGGACAUACAAAAGAUAUACAGAUGACAGAAACCAGUUUUAGAUGACCAAAAGUCUUCUCACCCUUCCUCUUUUUUAAAGACUUUAGAGGAAUCUUUCAAACCAAAUUAAGGAUCCUUGUUACAUAAUAUGAGUGGAUGUCACAAGCACUCCAGAAAACAUUAUAAAUUUUUCUACGUAUUUAGAAAAUAAAAUAAAAUAAAAACACAUAGCACAUUAAAACACAUGGAAAUGAAAACUCAUAGAAAUAAAAACAUUAAAUUGUUCUUCUGUAAGAAUCAGUAGGGAUAGUGAAUUGGAAUUGGUUCUAUGACUACUCAUAUUGUACUAUUUUACUUUCUAUAGAGCUAUUGCUUUCUACUGACGAGUAAUUAUAUCUGAUUUGCCCUUCUAUUAACUUAAAAUGGCUUAGCUAUGGUAUAUCUACCUGUUUCUCAUAGAAUCUACCUAUUUAUAGGGAUAAUUGUCUACUGAACUCAUUGUUUUAAAAUGUAAAUUUAUCUAUGAUUAAUUUGGCUUCCACAUUUGACCAAAGAAAUCCCUCCAGGUCUUGGCCUACUGUACUUAGAAACACAGAAUCACAGAAUGGUUUGGGUUGGAAGGGACCUUCAAGAUCAUCUAGUUCCAACCACCCUGCCAUGGGCAGGGACACCUUCCACUAGACCUGGUUGCUCAAAGCCCCAUCCAACCUGACCUGGAACACUUCAAGGGAUGGCUCAUCCACCUUACAUCUAAUCUAAAUCUACCCUAUUUAAGUUUAAAACCAUUACCCCUGAUCAUAUCACUACAUACCCCAUAAAGUGUCUUUCCCCAUAUUUCCUGCAGGCCCCCUUUAAGUACUAGAAGGCUGCUAAGAGAUCUACUGGGAGCCUUCUGUUCUUCACGCUAAAUAAUCCCAACUGUCUCGAUCUUUUUUUACAGGAGAGGUGUUCUAGCCUCCUCAUCAUUUUUAUCAUCUUCCUCUGGAUCCACUCUACGAAUUGUAGCAAUGAAUUUAGAAACUGUUUUAGCAUGAUUCCUUGCACCUGCAGUUAUGUUGUUAUCUGCUAUUGAAAAAUUAUAUGUAUACAAGAUAAAGCUGAAUACUCUUAAGCCAGCAGUUUUCUAAAGUCAAUCAAACAAAACAGCAGUCUUAAAAUCAAUAUACUAAUUGCUUUUAAUGUACUAAUUGCUUUCUAAAUGGAAACAGUUACAUCUUUAUUCAACAGAGCAAAUAAAUUAAAGCAUUUAGAUGAGCCUUGAUCUCAUAACAUUGUUCUUUUUGAAGAGCAGUUUCAAUUGUAGUAUUGCUCUGCAGUUAGUAGUCCAUGUUACUGUCAUACUAUCAUAGCUUCUUACUCCCCCCCUUUCUUUUUUUUUUUUUUUUUUUACCUGCUCUAACACAGAAACUUUUUGUAUUCUGGGGAGUGCACAGAGAACAACAUUCUGGUAUACAUAUUUGUGGAUAAAUGCUACACAUCUCAUCUCUUAAAACAGUCUUCUAAGUAGAAGAAAGAAAGAAAUGAAAAAUGAAUCACUUAAGCCCAUUCCAGAGAUAAUGAGGGAUAGCAGAGCUCCCAACACAAGUAUCCUCAUACCUUAAAUUGCCAAAUUCAUUAUUAUUGCACUGCAGAUUUAAUGGAUAAUUCAAAACAUAGGACACAAUGCCUGCAACAUUUCCCAUUCUUUCAAUGAAAUAGGUAAGUAAACCAACACCCAGAGUGAAUUGGUUUUGUUUUUCACUUUGUUACAUUUUCACAAAUGAAAGACCAGUACAGACAAACUGAUUUGUUUGUUGCCUUGAGUACCCUUCUAAGUCAGACAUCAAAUUUGUUGUUCCAAAUUUGUUGUCUCAGAGAUGGUUCCAAAAAUUUCUCCCUUCGCUAAAAGAAAUUCUUCAGACGAGUUGACAGUCUUCACUGAAUUUGAGUAUCAUGGUAGGUUAGAAGGGAAGAAAGUGGUUUUAUUCACCAUUGUAUUUGUCUGAUUCUGAGAAAUGUUAUUCCACAACAGGUAUGUGAAAGAAUUUAAUUUAAACUUUGUUAGGUCCAAGAGAAGAAGCCAGAUAGCGUGAGCCAAGUGUGUCAGACGUAUCUGUUAAGUAAUGCAAUACAGAUUUGGUUCUGUUGGAGACCAAAACUAAAGUAAACACAGGGAGCCCCAUUCUGCAGACUACACUCAUAUAUAUCUCCUUGACAUCUUUAGAAGUUCUUCUUGUAUAAAAUGAGGCAAGCUAAGAUCUGAGCUUUGUGCAGAUUAGCCUAUAGCUUGUGGUCUUCUCCCUACUCCCAGUAACCAUUUAUUCCCAUAAAUUUCUGUCUAUAUGGCCUGUUUUGUUUUUGGUUUGGUUUGGUUUUAAAUCCCAGUUAGACAUAGUGGUAUAAAAUGAUCAUGCCAUCCCUAGAAGAUUCAAAAUUGCAAAAAUUAAUAGUGACUUCAUAGCUGAGCUGAGCAAGGCCUGUUUGCAAAACUGAGACUAAUGGAGUCUUCAAAUAUCUAAUUGUUAUCAUUAGUCCUGAAGAGAAAAAGUUCCUUCACAAUUGUAUAAGGAGUGUUGACAUCACUUGAGCUUUCUCCUUAAUGUUGCCACAUAACUAUUCUGAGAUCUGUGAGGUAAAACCAUGUAAGAAAACACUGGCAAAAUACUUUCUUUCCCAGGUGCAGUUUAGGAGCAUGACAAUGGUCUUCUCUCAGGGUUACUUGAAAUCACUUCAGUUUACAAAGUGCCAUGAUCUAUCAGCAGCAUCACAGAAAGUGGUGGUCAGCCACUGUAGAUCAUUAAAAGCACUAGAAAUACAUAAUUAGUGUUCUGCUGUUUCAGAGAAAGAGACUGUAUUGUUAAUUCUUGUAGAUGUAUAUGUGAAGCAUAAAUGGAGAAUUCUGAGCAACUGAAGACAAGACCAAGCAGGAAAAACUAACAGGAAACUCUUAGGAUCUUUUUAUACACAGUCAGUGUAUUUCUUGAUAGCUACCCAGUCACAGGCACUUUGUUUGCUGAACACUUUUCUUGCUUGUAUCUCUGUUGACACACAUUUCAUAUUAAGACAAAUGAAAUUAAAGUCAGGCAAGCUCUUUUCUCACUUGCUCUUUAAAUUAGCUUUCAUUAUCUUUCCACCAAAGUGCAUUAUCUUUUGGAAUUAGUCUCAAAAAGGAUGUAUCAUUGUAUCAAUGCUGAUAUUACAUUCAUUGCUGUAUCCUGCUUCUGUUCUCUUACUUUUCAUCUAGACCAUUAAAUAGAUGCUUUUCUCUUGAAACUUACUAUACACUUGUCCAGAAAUAAGCAAUAAAAAAUAUUCAUUAAACAGAGAGAAUAAUCCCUUAUUGAAUUGGGAAUGGCUGAUCAGCUGGUGUAAAUCAGAACUGAUGCAUUGCUCUCAGCCAAAGUAUGUAAGUUUUAUGUCUAGUUACCUUGAGCCUGUCUGUAAAUCAAAUAUAGCAGUCUGUCGUCUUUUUGAGACUUUAGAAAUGGCCAGAAAGUAACUUAUGGAACAUACAAAAACCAUAUGAAAACUGGACUCAAAAGGAAGAUUUUUGUUGGUGGUGUUUUUGUUGUUGUUGUUGUUGUUUUCCCAAUACUAUAAGCAUUCCUUUGCACAUGUAUCUCUUAAUUUGCUACAUAAAUGGUGGGUUUUUGGUACUUCUAUACAGCUUCUUGACUUAAAUGCAGACAGAAAAAAAUUAGUGGAAAUGAUUUAUAUAGUAAUUUUCAUGAAAGUGUUGCAAAUGCAAGCAGAAAAUUGCAACAAAAAUAAAGAUAAGAUGCGUAAAAAACUGCCUCUCAAGUGAUGAUGUAGCUGUGCUAGCAAUAUCUUUCUAGAGGCAUCUUUCAGUGAGUAAUGGCAACAAAGUUUUAUUUGUCUAAAUUAGCUGUCUGUAAAUAUUUCUGUUAGUCAAAUCUCCCCUGAACAUUCCUGAACUCUAUUGGUCAAUUUCAAAUGAAUAUGAUAUAGAUAUGAAUGAUAAAAAUGCUUGCAGAUGGUCUGAAAACAGGGCAAAGAAAAGAAAACAUAUCAGUGCUCCAGUGACCCAGUGACAGGAUGCAGCAUAGACCCAAUUUGUCUUUAGACACCUAAAAAUCUGCAAAGGUGAAGCAAAUUAUAUCUGUAGAACAAGUUUUAAUAUGAGUGCAUCUCUUAAAAUAUGUAAUAAUGUAAGCAUGAAACAGAAACCACAGGUAAUUAGCAAUUAGAGCUCAUGAAAUUGGAUGCUUUAAAAGUGGGAAAAUCUUGAAAGUGGCUGAUACUUAGAGAGGAAGGAAUGAUUUACAGAGAAUUACGAGGUUAUGUGGAAAGAGACUAACCUAUGUGACACAGGUUUGUUAUUCAGUCUAAGGGAAAUGUGGUGGUCGUUAAAUACACUUGUAAUGUAUUACAAGCAGCCACAAAGUUUAGAGCAGCCAGAAGGUUACCUCAGACUUUUAGCCACGGCAGAGACGUGUCAGAACGUUUAUUACUUUCUAAACAAUGAUCUGUCAGGAUCAUUGAAUACUUGGCAUAGUUUACCUACUUCAAAUAUUAAUAUACAUCCUUUAAGUACAAU